GUUUCGUUUCUAAUUUUUUGAGGUUAGGUAGGUACCACAGAGUACUUUCUAUUUAUAAUGAAAGUAGGUACCUAGUAGGUACCUAUUAUAGUUACAAGGUAUUAGAAUUCUGAAAUAAAUUGUAAAUUAUAUAACAACAGGAGAGGCAACAAGUGUUAUACGUCAGCUGCAGUACAUUUUGAAACUUAUAAUGCCAAAGAAGAAGACUGGCCAGAGAAAGAAAGCAGAGAAACAGAGGCAGAGGCAGAAAGAAAUCCGCAAUGCACGUGAGAACGUCGACUUGGCGCAGCAUCCGUGUAACGUGCCCAUGGAGUGCGAUAAAUGUCAGAAGAAACAGAAGAACAGAGCCUUCUGCUACUUCUGUCAGGCAUUGCAGAGGUUGCCAACAUGCGCACACUGUGGCAAGGUGAAAUGCAUGAGCAAGACUGGGGACUGUGUGGUGAGACACGCUGGAGUCUUCACCACUGGACUGGGCAUGGUGGGUGCUAUUUGUGACUUCUGUGAAGCUUGGGUUUGCCACGGCCGCAAGUGCCUCACAAGCCACGCUUGCACCUGCCCGCUGCAAGAUGCUGUCUGCCUAGAGUGUGAAAGAGGAGUAUGGGAGCACGGCGGGCGCGUGUUCCGCUGCUGCUUCUGCAGCGGCUUCCUGUGCGAGGACGACCAGUUUGAGCACCAGGCCUCCUGCCAGGUGCUCGACUCCGAGAACUACAAGUGUCAGUCCUGCAACCGGCUGGGGCAGUACUCGUGCCUGCGCUGCAAGACGUGCUUCUGUUCUGAGCACGUGCGGCGGCGGGCGGCCGCGCGCGGGCCGCAGCGCGCGGCGCCGGCCUGUCCGCGCUGCCAGUAUCCCACGCAGCUCACUGCCGACCUCAGCAUGUCCACGCGGUCGCAUCGCUACGGACGGCAGGGCACCGCGCAGCCGCAGGAGGAUGACGACUACCCGCAGUACGGGGACUACGCUCAGUCAGGUUCAUACGGCGCGGGUGACUCCUCGUACGAGGACACGGGGUCUGAUGAUGAGUCUGAUGAUGAUUCCGAGGAGGACUCCGAAGAGGAAGAGGCCCACACCACCGGGAAGGAGACCAAGGAGUGAUGAGGCAAAACUCUAGGAAUCUAUGAAUACACAGUGGUUACAACACUUAGAGGAUCUAUUAAAAAUAGAGUGGCCACAAUUCAAACAUUUCAGCGAUGUACAGUCUGUCUAUAAAGAGAAGACCAUUUUUUACCAUUGCAAUAACAAAUCGAAUGGUCAAGUCUGUUUGAUAAGCUCCUAGUGUUGCCAGCCAAGAGCACUGUGUCCGUAUUUUAUUCUACUCUUUGUAGACGGCCUGUACCUUUACUGGAAGAUGGUUUAGUGUUUUGUGGCGUUUGUGAGCUCAGUAGUUUCAGAUUAUGUAGAUGAUUUUUUUUUGUUAAAAAUAGAAAUAUUACAAAUGUUAUUACUACUGCGCUUACUGGAAAUUCUGUUCUACAUUCCAUUUACUGUCCGUAUUAUGUCGAGAUAGCAAAUAAGACUGCUACUCGUUUUUAACAGAAUCAAACUUUACCACAAGACCCAGUUCUUUACCACAUUAAAGAACUGUGAACCAAAACAAUUGUAGUAGUUUAAUUUUUGUUUGUUGCAAGCUAUAAAGUAUUGUUUCUUCUGUGUAUAUGAAACAUAUAUUAUACAUUUGUAAUGUUGAAUAA